GCAAUCCGCCAGCCAAUUGGAGUUGUCCUCAUAUCGUCGCCAAAAGCGACGGAAGAUUUAAUCGAUUUGUGUUGUAGAAUCGCGGCAAAUGUAUUAAAAUAUAAUCAAAUGCCAGCAACUGGUAGCAGAUUUUCAUAUCUUAUCGUUGAACAUGCGCCAGGGCUUACUGUGAAUCAUCCUACUGCUCAAAUUCUUUUGAUUUCCACGCAAUUCAACGAAAUUACGUUUCCUUUGGAUCUGUAAACAAAGAAAAUCUAAAUUACAUAUAUAGAUAAAGUUGCAUUAAAAUGGGCGUGGCAGCGGAAGAUUUACUGAUUACCCUAGCCGUAAUAUGCUUUUGUCUCUUCAUCAUACGCAUCAUUUUGAUUGCCUAUCGCUUUUACCUGCUGAAACGACUGAAGGAGGCAACGCAAAUCGAACAAGCACGCCGCGAGAUGGAAAUAAGCGUCGCCAACAACAGCACAACCCUGGACAACAACAGCGUUUGCAUUCAAGCUGAUAACGACAUGACCAUCUUGCCCAAAGGCAUGGAUCUGCCGCCCAGCUAUGAUGAUCUUAACAUAAGCCAUAGUGCGAAGCAGCAGCCGGGCAACAUGGGCGCCUCCACGCUGACCAUAGCUACCGAUUUGGGAUGCAGCAAUUCGAAUCUGGCAGCAGCUUUGAAUGAGCCGCCUCCGGAUUAUCAGGGCACCGUGGACAUAGCAGCAGCAUCAGCAGCAGGAGCACCCACAGCCACAAUAUCCACAACAAUGGUCGUUUCAGUUACGCCGAGAAUCUAAUGUGUUUAAUGCAUUUCAAGUGUAUAAGUACUAUCUUAUAUUUAAUUUGAUACAAAUUAUAAUACACUAAAUUUAACGAUAAACAAAAA